AUGGAAUUCAGCCUCGUGAACCUGGUCCUUCGGGGCCUCCAGUUCCUCUGGUGUCUCCUGCUCGUCGCCCUGCUCGGCAACGUCAUCGCCAACGAGAUCAACGCCUCCAGCUCCGCCAACGCCGCCAUAAAUUUCUCCAUGUUUGUCGCCAUCCUGGCCUGGAUUGCCACCAUUUACGGCUUCCUCACCGUCUUCGUCCCCGCCGUCCAGGUGUACAUUGCCCAGCUCGUGCUCGACGGCCUCGCCACCCUCUUUGUCUUUAUCGACGCCAUCGUCCUCGCCGCCAAGAUCCGCGCCGUCAACUGCUCGAACCUCAACGCCGACAAGCUGCCUAGGAAUUACAUUGCUUGGGGUUCCGCCAACGACGAGAAGAGGUGCCGCGAGAUUCAGGCGAGUACUGCGUUCAUGUGGUUCCUCUUUGCCUGCUUCGCCGCCUCCCUCUUCUUCACCUGGAAGGAUGGCAGGAGGGGAGGCCUCGGCGGUGGCUCCUUCGUGUCCUCGAGGCCUAGCAUGGCUCAGGUCGGCGUCUAA